UGAUAAAAUAUUAAUACUUUUGUUAUCAUUACACUCACAGACUUGGCAAAACUUGAUAGUCAUCGAUUACUUUUUUUACAAAAGUUCACUUUACUUCUUUCUCGGCAAUUAUACGUACAUUUAUUUUAUUUGAAUUUUUAUUUUUGUAAGGUGAACAUUUAGUUUAGGUAUUAUGCUAAGGAAAUAAUGAGUAAACAAGGAAGUGAUAAAAAGAGUGACGUUAAAACAUCUAAUGCAAAAGAUGAAAAAAAACCUAAGAAACCAGCAGUGACAGCAACAGUAAAAACUCGAAAGGAAGGUAAGAAAUCAAGAAACUUGGUAGACGUAUUCAACGAGUGCGCUAUGGACAAUGCUUAUCAUACAUGCCAUAAUGUGCAAGAUUUGCUGAGAUGCCGAGGCUUUCCUUGGCCACAAACACAGAAGAAAAAAAAGAAGAAAAAAGGAGGCAAGAAAGGAAAAUAAUUAUUCAAUAACUGUGUAAAUGCAAUAAAAAUAUGUUAUUGACUUUUUGUAAUAAAAAAAUAUACAUUACGUUUAU